GGUUCAUGUUGGACACAGAGUGCACUAGAUAGGCUGCCUGAGACCUUCUCCUCGGCACUCAGUGCCCUCAGUAGUGCGCAUGUAGGGCGCAGGGAGGGAUUCGGGACUCUGUAGUCGUGAUGGCGGAGGUCAGGCUGCGGCUCGGCUCAGGAGCCGGUAGCCUGUUGACGAUGACUCCAUAUUUUUUCCUCCAUCUGGCCUCCAGUAAAAGAAGGUUAGAGGUUUCUGCUGUGACUCGAGCGAUCCAGAGUUACGGCGUUUUAUCUCGCAGGCGUAUAAACGUGUCGAGGUCGUAUAGAACCUCCAGCACUGAGGAAAUCCCAUUAUACAGAUUGAAAAGCGCUUAUUACGACAUUCUGCAGGUUUCUUCGAACGCCACUCAGGCGCAGAUCAAGACUGCGUACUAUAAACAGUCCUUCGUCUACCAUCCCGAUAAAAACGCAGGCAGCGAAUACGCCGCGUUACGAUUCUCGCAAAUCAGCGAGGCCUACAGCGUGCUGGGGAAUAAAACUUUACGCAAGAAAUACGACAGAGGGAUUCUCAGCGAGGCCGACGUCUGGGGUUCGAGCAGACCGACUGCAGCGAGAGAGACGACGAGCGGAUCUUCAAGCGACGCUACCAGAAAUCGUCGCUCUCCAGGGGUCGGCGCUCGAUCGCAGAACGUCUUCGAUUUCGACACUUUCUACCGCGCGCACUACGGCGAGCAGCUGCAGCGACAGAAACACAUCCGGGCUCGUCUGCAGGAGAUCAAGAGGCAGAAGGAAGACACGUUUCAGGACAAGAAACUGGGACGCAUGUCAGAAAUAGCCGUUGGCGUCAUGCUAGCUGUAGCGGCGGCCAUUUUGUUCAGUAUGAAAUCAACAAAGGGAUAAAACAAUCAGUCCUGUAAUAUCAUCUGUUUCUUCUACAAAUAACUACAUGAAGCUAAAAAAAUGAACCUUUAAGAAAAGGUUUGAUGAGAAACUGAUGCUGAGUUAAUGAUAUACAGUACUGUGCAGAAGUCUGAGGCAGAUGUAAAGAAACGCUGUAGAGUAAAGACGCCUUCAGAAAUAAUGAAAUUAAAUGUUUCUACAUUUAAAAAAAAUCCUAUAAAGAGCAGUAAACAGUAAUAAAUGAAACAAAGUCAGUAUUUGCUGUGACGAUCCUUCACUUUAAAUAAAUAAAGCAGUAUCUGAGGUGCAGUGUGUGCAGUUUUAUAAGGAAAUGAGCUGGAAGUGUUACUGAGCAUCUUGCAGAAGCAGCCACAGUUCUUCUGGAGACUUUGACUGUCGACUCGCUUCUUAUUUCUGCAGCGAAACCCAGCAGCCUUCAUUAUGUUUUUAUCUGAAAAGUGUCUCUUAUGGAAUCUGCUGCUUUCUUUACUGACAUACAAACAUUUUUCUGGAACGUUUCAUUUUGUGCUGGAAAACUAAUGUUUGGAAUCUAAAAGGUUUUUGUACUGAAUCAAUAAUGUAGAAAAUAAACAUCUAUAACAAAGAUUGUAGUAAAAAAAAAUAUAGGGUGCCAAGACUUUUGCACAGUAUAAUAAUAAAAAUAAUUUUGAUUAAUACAGCUACAUCAUAAAUAAAUAAAGAAAGAAAGAUAUAAAAGUACAUCAGGUGGAUUGUGGGUAAAUAAAUAAAACUCUGAAGACUAGAAAUUAUAACAUUUAUUUUUAUUUUUUCAUCACAUUCCAAAUAAAAAUGUUGGUGUUAAUUAUUGGAAUAAAUAAAAUAAAUGACUUCAUAAGUAUAAAAUAGUGCGCACACACACACACACACACACACACACGCAGAGGAUACACUGAAAAUACAAAAUAUAUUUACUUCCGUUAUCACACUGGGAUACAAAUAAAAUGAAUCUAAUAAAAAUGAAUAAUGAUACAGUGAUUGAUUUUUCCGUACUGGAUUAAGACUGGAAGACUGAAUACUUCUGUAAAUACAGAUAAUACAAAUAAAAUUAGAUACAUAUAAAAAUGGAAUGGAGUUGGGGUUUUAUUUAUUUAUUUAUUUACACUUCAGCUCCAUUUUAUGCUUUAAAAUAAAAAAUAAUAAUAAAUAAAGAAUAUAAAACACACCAGAAAAUGCAUUAAUAAAGUUUAUAUUGGGGAUUUAUCCUGAGAUUUGAAUCCGACGGCUGCCUGGAAUAUCGUUUAUAAAUCAGCACACAUCCUGAUACAUGAUAUGUAAAUUAUAUGUAAAUUAUAUGUAAAUUAUAUGUAAAUAAGCUCCCUAACAGACCCCUAAUCACUGUAUUUAUUUAUUUUUAAAUAAAAACUGCCUUAUUUUUAAUUAGAGCUUUACAGUAAUGACUCAAGUAAAAUACACAAAUAAAACACAAUAACUCACUUUAAUUUGAAUGAAAAGGGAGAAAAAAAAAAUUAGAAAAAUUCAAAAUGAGGAAAAACAGACAGUAAGUUAAAGAAGUGUAAUAAAUUAAUAACGUGGCUGUUAAACGUACAGCGUUAGCAGACUGACAUACAGCGAGGUGUGAUUAACGAUUAGACAUGAAUCCAGUCCUGCUUAUUGUAAUUAAUCUGUUGACUAAAAUAAAGGUUUAAACAUCAAAACCUGAGACAGGAAGUGAUGAAAUGUAUUCCUGAUGCUGAGGGAUAAACCUGCAGAGCGUUUCAGUAAUUUUACUCCUACUUCUGGGACGAAUGAGAGAAUUUCAUUUACUGUGCAGAACUUCCUGUUAGAUAAAACUGAUGAAAUAAAGAUGAAACUAAAAUAAA